AAUAGCAGCACACUUUUCACACAGGUUCGGACUGCAAUUCGGUCACGAUGAGCGCAAAUUCCGUCGUCGUAUCUCUCACUUUGGAAAAUUGUAUAAAAAUUUCCAAAUGGAAGGUGAAAGAAGGCACGGUCGUGUCCGUGGGGCGCAUUAUUUUACUGUACGACCCAAGUCCGGGCAAUGGGAAGGCCGAAAUGCAGAAAUUAAAAGCAACCGCCGUGGGCACUGUGCGCAAGCUGCUCGCGAAGGAGGGGGACGUUGUUCAACCAGGACAUGCCUUGCUGGAGCUGGAAAAGUGCACCCAUCCUACUGUUAUGGCAGACAUGUGCGCAGACUGUGGAGCAGAUUUACGCAAUGAAGACACUCCCAAAGAUAAUAAUGUGGCUGUAGCUUCCAUUCCAAUGGUCCAUAGUAUUCCAGAACUGAAAGUUAAUGCUGAACAAGCUCAAAUCUUGGGCAAAGCAGAUGAGCAGCGGUUACUGGCCUCCAAAAAGCUUGUGUUGUUGGUUGACUUGGAUCAAACACUCAUUCACACCACAAAUGACGACAUACCACCUAAUCUGAAGGACGUAUUUCAUUUUAGAUUACAUGGCAGUAGAUCACCAUGGCACCACACUCGGCUUCGACCUGGAACCAAAAAGUUCCUUGAGGAAAUGAGCGCAUUAUAUGAACUGCACAUUUGCACCUUUGGUUCAAGAAUGUAUGCUCACAAGAUUGCACAGUUUUUAGAUCCGGAUGGGCAGUACUUCUCUCACCGUAUCCUCUCCAGAGAUGAAUGUCUUAGUGCAAACUCCAAAACAGCCAAUCUUAAGGCGCUUUUUCCCUGUGGAGAUGAUAUGGUGUGCAUCAUUGAUGAUCGAGAAGAUGUGUGGAAUUUUGCAAAUAAUCUUAUCCAUGUGAAGCCAUACCACUUUUUCCAACAUACCGGUGACAUCAAUGCUCCCCCUGGAUUGUCUAAAAAGGAAAAUGAUGAUAAGGGCGCCUAUGACUUUAACUGUCUCGGAGAUGGGAAGAAAAUCAAAGAUAUACUUCGGCCAAAUAUUCCUGGUAAAGGUCAGGAAUUGCCAAAAGAUGGAGUGGAUCUUGUCAAACAAAAGGGCCAAAAUGCUUCUUCAGAGAAUGAAGACGCUGUUAAACCUAGUCAGCUAGAGGAAGGAGCCAACAAAACCUCAUCUUUUACAGAUGAAAACUCAGAGCAGAUUCUAGAAGAGAACAAUGUGACAACCAUAAUAGAAGAGAAAAAUGCAAAUUCUACAAAAGAUGAAGACAAACAGGAUGUCAACAAUGUCCAAAAAGAAGAUAAGAUCAAAGCAGAUAAUUCUGCAUCAAAUCUUUCCAGUGUGACAGAUGAAGGUAAAGAGAAGAUGGCUCAAGAAGAAAAACCUGACUCAGAGAAAUCCUGUGAACUCCUGGAGGAAAAUCAAAUUAGUAAGGAAGAACCCAUAAAAUUAGAAGAUGUGGUGGUGAAAGAUGAUGGAAAACUUAUAGGAGACCAGUUGGAAGUCAAAGAUCAGCCACCAGAACCUGACAUUUUAAAAAACAACUCAAGUGAUCUUAAAAAUGUAAAGGCUGGUGAAGAUUCAGCAAUUAAUACUCAGGAUGAAAUUGAAGUGCCAGAUUAUGAUGAUUAUUUACUUUAUCUUGAAGAAAUUUUGAGAAGAAUACAUAAAGAGUUUUAUGAAAAACAUGCACAGGGAAAGCAGCCUGAUAUGAAGGAGAUAAUUCCUGCAGUCCGUAAAAAAGUUUUGGCAUCCACAAAUUUAGUUUUCAGUGGUCUUGUACCAAAUAAUAUACCAUUGGAAAGGAGUAGAGCCUAUCAAGUAGCAAUAUCACUCGGUGCAAACGUCACCCAAGAUUUGAAGAAAAAUACUACCCAUCUAGUUGCUGUGAGACCAGGGACAGCUAAGGUGAAUUCAGCAAGGCGUAUGAAAAAUGUCCACAUGGUCACUGCAGACUGGCUAUGGGUUAGUGCAGAGCGAUGGGAGCGUGUUGAUGAAAAGGUUUUUCCUUUAGGACGAAAUCGUGCAGGCACUAGACAUCCUCCUGCUCACUGUGGCAGCCCAGAGCACACACCUGUAGGAAGAGAGAACCCCUCUGAAGCUUCAACAAGCUCUGGGCGAAGCAGGACAGCAAGUGGUAGGUUUAUGGAUACCAUAAACCCUCUGUUGUCGUUCUCAUCGGCUGACAUUGCUGAUAUGGACCAAGAAGUGGAUGAUAUAUUCAAAGACAGUGAUAGUGAAAGUGACAGUGAUGGUGGGGAAAGCUCAAAAAGGGAAAAAACUACAGGAAUUCCGGAAAUGGAAGUUGAAACCGAAGAUGACAGCCAAACCACUGGUUUGCCUUCAGCCCCUACCAAAACCAAAGCAGAAAAUGAUGAUUCUGAGUCAAGCAGCUCCUCUGCUGAUUCCUUGUCUGGUGAGCACCCCCAUGGAUGGGGCAAACACAACCUGAAGAGGAAGAACCCGGAUUACAAACUUGGAACAGGCACAGCCACUGAGUCGGAUGAGGAAGCGGAUGAUAUGCCAAGUACCAAGUUCCGCAGGGGAGAAGCCUUACCGAGUGAUCUCGAUCUCGGUGAAAACGAGUCAGCAGAUAGCCCUGGAUCAGAGGACCCACCUGAUGAGAUUGAUGAUGGGGACUGGAACAUGAUGGGGGCAGCCUUAGAGAGAGAGUUCCUGUCAUGAGUCACAUUUGUCAUAGCAGUGUUUCUAAAAUUGUACCAAUUUGCCUCUAUGACUAGAAUUAUACUUUUAAAAACCAAUCAGUGUUCUUGGAAGCUAGCAGCAAUUAAUUUAUUUUGAUGAUUCUACUUUGGUUGUGAUUGCAACUGUGUUCCUUAGGUCUCCUUUAAUGCUUUUGGGUCUAUCUCUGUUCUUAAUCUAUAUGUCAUAACACCAAAGAAUCUUCAGGUAAAUGAUAAUACAUGAUGAACUUCAAACAUUCUUACAAAAAUGUAGGAAAAAUAAAACAACUUAAAAAAAAAUUCAUUGCAAACAAAGGGGAAACUAAGUGAAAGAGCUUGACUAAAAAUUCUUAUGGUUGUAGGUUGACUGACUGAUAGUUUACUCUUAAGGGUUAAGGUUGAGUUUGAUCAGUUACUCAUUGUAGAUCUCAUUGUAAAUGUGUUUUGUUGCCGUUUCUCUUUCUCAGCACAAAAUUUGUGUUUGAAAAGCCCUGGGAUAUACAUAGGUAAUCCUAUCACGUCUGUGAUUUUUAACUGUUGUACCAACUUUUGCAAUUAGUCAUGUAGUUUUCAUACUGCAUGAUUCUUCUUAGUCUAUCUUUUGUAGAUCUGUAGAAGAUUUACCUGUUAUAGUGCAUUUUCUUCUGUGCUUCAUUCUUAAUAUUUCUGUUUCUACUUUUUUUUUGGAUAAAAAUUCAUGCAUUUUACCAUCAUUUGUAUGCCACUGUGUGGCUACCUUUAAAGUACCUUGUGCUUCUGGGCGUUUCAAACAUGCAAAAGUGGAAAGUGGCCUCCCUCUUAAAUCAUUUCUUUAGCUUUCUUACAAAACAUUUUAUCAGAUAGAAACUAGGCUUACUCAGUUCAUGAUUUUAACCAGUGAUUUACAUAGGCAUAGAUUGUAAACUACAGCUCAGUAUUAUAGCUGUAACAGAGAAAAAAAAGGGAGUCUAGUAUUUUUAAAUAUUGAUGUGAUUUUUGUAGAUUUUUUGUUGUUACUUUGCAAUAACAUAUAUUUUUGACCUGCGUGCUAGCCAAGGUAUUUUGAUCAAUAAUACAAUUUAAAGUUGCGUGUGUCAAUGAAUUGUAUAUCAUAAGAGAAGUGCAUGCAGAAUUGCAUGGCAAAAUGUGAUUCUCUGCAAAGAUAGAAAAAGAAUUUGAAUUUGUCCAAAAUCUUGUCUGCCGUUUUUUAUGGCACUUUCUGUUCAAAGUGCACAUUGGGUGCACUUGAUUUCCUGUUUCAUGCAGGCUAGUCUGCAGGCUAGUCAAGCUACUUCUACAUCAUGUCCAUUACCUUUGUUCCUUUUAUGCUCUUACCCCAUUUUCCCCCCUAAAUGUAACUUCAAAGCCUUUGUUUUGGAACUUUACCAACACUAUUUAUUAACGGUAUUUUGAAAAGUUUGUUCUUGUUGGAAAAAUAGUUUCAAUUGGAUGGCAGCCUUUUUUCUGUCAGUUUUGUACUGUUAAUGGUCUGUGCCUUUAAUGUUUGUUUUAAUUUUUUCCAUUAGUGUAGUCUGUUUUCUGGACAUAGCUCUUGAAAUCCUCUAAGAAGUAAACACAUGUGCCAGCUGA